AUGAUUGCUGCUAAAAAUAAUAAUAAUAAUAAUAAUAAUAAUAUAAAUAAGACGUUGGUUGUUUGUGAAGCUGUGAUAAUAACAGGAACUCAAUUACCGGGAAAACACUGGUCAAGUACACGUGUUAAUGCAGUGCCUAGUGAUAUUAAUCGUCGUGUUGUUAAAAUAGGUGUUAUAGCCCCCGCAGAUCCACAUCAUGAGCAAAGUUUGCCCAGAAUUCUCCCAGCAGUCGCUCUGGCUGUCAAAGCCGUUAGUUCUACAAAAGGUCCGCUCCCUGGCUGGACCAUCAGUGUUACAUAUCGUGAUUCUAAAUGCUCAAGUACUCAUGGAUCACUCGCUGCGUUCGAUUUUUACAUCAAUCGCACCGCAGGUCAUUACUUUCUUAUCAAUUAUCAAUAUUUUACACUUUUUUUAUUAUUACUAUCCUUUUAUUUUCCCACAGCAGUGGAAUAG